AUGUCGAGCUCGGGACCUCGAGCGCUGCUAUCACCUCUCAUCCUGAUAUUGGUGAGCAUUCUUGUUCUGUCGGUCGCUGCUCUAGAAUGUCCAGAGAUUUUGGAUCCAAAUCAAGAGUGUCUUCAGAACGGCGAGAUCGUGACGUUCCCAGACAAUUGCAAUAUCAUCGUCAACGUAUACGAAGACUGCGAGGUGGGAUCGUCGCUCUUCACUGUUGCAGGUUCUGCCGUUUCAUUUAGCGACACUUCCACCUGCAGAGGAACUAUCGCCAUUGGCGACACUACAGCGGUUGUGCUGACCAAAGCACUCGAUGCUGAACUUUGGAGUUCACCUCCGUCUUGUGUACAAGAUAUCACAGCCGAUGGUGACGUGUUCGCGGCCCUUUUUCAAACCGUAGAUGUUGAUGAAUUUCCGCCUACGCUGAUCCAACAGGCGCCUGCGGUCACUCUCUACACGAACGAAAACAACCAGCCGGGUUUUCUGUUGCUCGCCAUCAACGUUAGCGACCCAGACUACGGGGAGACUUCAACCUUGAGUGGAAUUCUGCUCAAUACUUUUGACGACCGAUUUGCCUUACGCCGAAAUGUCGGAUGCGAGACAAGUUCCUGUGAGCUGAUCACAUUUUUCCUCGUGGUGGCCAAGACCCUCGACUAUGAAAUAAAUGAUAUCUUCUAUGAAAUUGAAGCCAAAUUUACGUCUUCUGACUCCCGAGGAGGCCAGAGCUGGACGCAGAUUGAGGUGGUGUUGUUCGUCAAUGACUUGCCAGACUCCCCGCCCUUCUGGCUCCAGAUCGUGCCGACCGUCUCGGUGCAGGAGUCAGACGAAGUGGGCAGGGAAGUGUUCAGUGUGUUGGCUAGAGAUCGAGACAUCAGCAUCGACAACGACAUCAACUAUGACAUCACUAAUGGCAACGAUGAAGGCUACUUCGCAAUAGACGCAGUGACGGGCGUCGUGACAACAGCCAAGGCGAUAGACAGGGAGGUUCUGUCAGCGACGUUCUUCAACCUGGAGAUGAUGGCGUACGAAGUCCUGGCAGACGGCAGCUUGGCACCGGCCCCUAAUAACGUGACUCAGCUAACCAACGUGCAAGUCAUUGACGUGAACGACUGCGUGCCGGAGUUCGGAGCCGCCGCCAUGAACGUGACGAUGUCGGAGCUGACGGCGCUGGCGGGGGGCGGGUCUGUCGUCAUCGCCUACAUCACCGUGGCUGAUCUCGAUGAGGGUCAAGCUGGGGAGUACGAGCUUUCCAGUUCACAGCCUCAACACGUUGCGUUCAGUCCGCGUUCUGGCUCCGGGGAAACUAACUUCACGGUCACGGCUCUCUAUGUCCCUGAUAACAACAUUUACGACUAUGAUUCAAGACCAGACGAUGAUUACGACAUCAUUAUUGAGGUCAACUUUAUGAUGGUAGUAGACCUCUCACACGUCAGCUCUACCACUCUAAUCAUCACACUCAUUAUCUUCCCUCAGAUCGUCGCUACGGAGGUAAAAGACCCCUCACACGUCAGCUCUACCACUCUAAUCAUCACACUCAUUUUCUUCCCUCAGAUCGUCGCUACGGAGGUAAAAGACCCCUCACACGUCAGCUCUACCACUCUAAUCAUCACACUCGAAGACGUCAACGACAAUUAUCCUGUCUUCAUAUAUUCACAAUACAACGUUUCGAUUUUCGAAAACUUAUCAAAUGGAUUGCCAGUGACCAAAGUUUUAGCGAAGGAUGACGACAAGUCGGAUGAGUAUGGCACUGCUAGUUUAAGAUACUUCAUGUUCAACUGUGACUCGUAUUUUACCAUCAAUGACGUGACUGGAACAAUAACCGUGACUGGGCAGCAGAAUUUGGACUAUGAGCAACGUGACACAAUUGAGUGCAAUUUAGAAGCCCGAGAUCUGGAGGGAGGAACUGGAUACCUGAAAGGAACGUCGACGUUGAUCGUGAAAUUGGUAGAUGUGGACGACACUCCCCCCGACAUUGCAGUCAUGUCAACCUCGUACGAAGUGUUAGAGAACGAGACUGUAGGCAGCGUACUGAUGUCGGUCUCGGCUACAGACAAGGACACCGACGCCGCGGUUAACUUCUACAUCAUUUAUGAGGACAAUAACCAGCCAGGUGUCGAAGAUUGGUUUAUCAUCGAAGCUCGACCAUGUGAGGAAGAAGAAGGCGACUUCUGCGCCGACGUUAAAACAAAUGCCGAGCUCGAUCGGGAGACGCAAGACAAGGUGGCUAUCAAGAUCAUUGCUGUUGACAACAACACUGCCGUGAACGCUGCAACUGAUUCAGUUGACGUGACCAUAAUUUUGCUGGACGUUAACGACAAGACGCCCGUCUUCUGCGACACCUGUGCCCAGGACGACUCUGUCUACGAGAACUCGCCGAGCGGAUCCUUGAUCGCUAGGAUCUACACGCCCGUCUUCUGCGACACCUGUGCCCAGGACGACUCUGUCUACGAGAACUCGCCGAGCGGAUCUUUGAUAGCUAGGAUCUACGCCACCGACGAGGAUCUUGACGAUAUUCUGAUCUACGAUUGUAGUUCUUGCGACACCGUUGUACUGGAUAAUUCGACGGGCGCCUUAACUGUUGGAGUAAACUCCAUUGAUCGGGAGACCCAAGCCUACAUCAACGUAACCAUCACGGUCACCGAUGCUGCCGGCCACUCCGCAGUGAUGGAGGUCACAAUAACCGUUAAAGAUCGGAAUGAUGAACCUCCGGUUCUGGACGAAGCUUUAUGCGGUAAAACUUACGACGUCUUCGAAAACGCUGACAACGGAACGCACGUCGUGACGAUGACAGCGACGAACAAAGAUGAAGGUGCGCAUGCAAAAAUCAGCUACAUUCUGACGAAGGUGGUGGGCGGUACCGGCCCCUUGAGUCCCUUUGCCAUCAACGUCGAUACAGGUAAAAUAGUUGUGAACGUGGGUAAUGGAAUUAAUCUGGACAGAGAAGAGACCGCUACAUGGGUGCUGCAUGUACAAGCCAUCGACAACUGUGAAUUGAACGAGCCCAGCUGUACAGAAAGGACCAGCGCUUGCAACAUAACAAUUGACGUUCAAGACGAGAACGACGAGACGCCCUACCUACCCGCCCCUCUCACCUUAACGGCAAACGAGGCUCAAGCAGCGGAAGUGAAAGUGGAAGAUUCGGAUAUUACCGCCACCGACGACGAUCAGGAGGGUACUGCAGCUUCGGCGAUUCUAUACAUGGUCACGAAUUUUGUGGUCUCUGGAUCUGGAGAACCGGUGACACCGAUACCUUUUGAAGCGGUGAACUACAACGAAUCUAAUAAAUGGUCUUGUUUGUGA